GACUCAUCCAAAGCUCGAUUGUCACCAUGUGUGAUGCCAUAUAUGUCUGCCAUCCCGGGCGCUAUAGUGCUUAUUAUUGGAAUUGGCCAUUUCCUGGGCUAUUACUUGCAAAGAUGGAGACCAAAAUGGACAGCAUCCUUUGUUGCGGAGUAUCCCCCGGACAGUCCAUCACUACAAGGAGCCAAACGACGGCUGGGCUGGGUACUGUCCCUUUUGAUUGUCUUGGCUAUUGGUCUUGCAGCUGAGGUAGCUCAAUUGGUUCCUCCUGGAUUGGAUUCAGCUGCUAUUAUACUAACUAUCUCAUGGACAGCUGCUACCCUUCUGAUUGCAAAUAGACAUCCAAGGUCAAGUCCUACUCCAAUGCUCGCAUUCUUCAUUACAGCUUUUGCUGUGAAAGUCUCCAUCGUUCUCAGCGUUGAGACAUACCCGAGGUUCAAAUUGAUUUCCCACUACAUUGCAGCUGGCGCUGCUAUGCUGGGCUGUCUGGUCAUCCUUCUAAUGCCACUACGAGCACCUGCUCUGCCAUGCAUCGAUAUUUCCGCAGUAGGCCAGCAACCAUCUAGCAAGUUCCGCAGCCCAGAGGACAACUUGCGACUAUGGCAGUUCCUUACUGUCUCAUGGAUGGCCCCAUUGAUAUCGACAGGGAAGAAGCGACAACUCCAAGAAGAUGACGUUUGGUCCCUUGGAUUUGAAUUUCAGCAUCGGAGACUGCAUGAUAGGUUCCGUCGGCUUCGAGGUUCCGUUAUUGGCCGCUUGCUGCAUGCGAAUGGCAUUGAUGUUUUUAUCAUUACUGCUAUUGCCAUUCUGCAGAUGCUUUGCGACUUUUCAACUCCGGUAUUGUUGCAGCAGCUAUUACAGGCAAUGAGCGAUGUCGCGGCGCCGAAAAGCGUGGCUUUGACAUAUGCCUUCCUAUCACUCGUUGUUCGUUUUGUUGCUGCGCAAUCCCAGGUCCUGCUUCUCUGGUAUGGCCGAAGAUGCUACGAAAGAAGCAGAGGCGAGAUGGUCAUGAUGAUCUAUGAGAAAGCUCUGUCCAGGAAGAAUAUCUUUGGUGUUAAAAUCGACAAUGAGGAUGAUAAGCCUCAAGACCAGGAAGAUGAAACCCCUACGGAGUCACAAACUCAAAAGAGAAAGCUAUGCGGGCUCAUUCCUUGGGGUCGCGAAACCCGUAAGGAGGACACUAAAGAGGCAGCCUCUAUCGGAAAGAUAUUCAACCUGCUACGUGGCGAUGCUUACGAAGUGGCUCAAAGAUUUUGGGAGAUUGACUCGUUGGUCGAUAAACCCCUGGGCCUCGUGAUUGCUGUCAUCCUCGUCUGGAAACUGUUCGGACCGUCCUGCUUCUUGGGUAUUCUGGCAGUCCUGGUUGCGCAGGUAAUCAAUGCGAUCAUUACUCGUACUCUCCUUCGAUGGGAGCGAGUGAGAAGGGCAGCGACAGAUGUGCGACUACAGAUCUCUUCCCAGUUCGUGGAAGCCCUGCGACACCUACGUUGGUAUGGAUGGCAAAAUCACUGGCUUAACCAAGUCAUGGAUGCCAGACAGUCCGAGCUAAACCUCCGGAUUGUGACCAGUUUGUGGAAUAUCCUUAUCCGCUUCGUCAACGCGUUCGCUAGUGGCGUGUUCCCUGUGUUGGCGUUAUAUGCCUAUACACUACUAGCUGGCAAUCCGCUACGGGUUGACAUUAUCUUUCCAGCAUUGCAGCUCUUCACCAUGCUGGAGACCCGGCUUAGAGAUAUCCCUGGUCUUAUUACAGUGUUGAUUAACGCUUCCAUUGCUGUGGAAAGAAUUGAGAGCUUCAUGUCGGAGCCAAACAAAGAGGUCAGACCUAUGCAGAUUCAUGCCGACUCGACUCCAAUUCAAAUGGAAUCUUGCUCUUUUGCCUGGCCGGGUAAAAGGCUGUCUGUGCUUUCUGACAUCUCAUUGACGAUUCCCAACGGAUUAACCGUGGUCUCUGGCAAAGUCGGUGCCGGAAAAUCAGCACUACUCCAAGCAUUCCUUGGAGAACUGGACAGGCUUAGUGGUGACUCGCAUAUUCCCAAUGAGAUGAUUGGAUAUUGCGCCCAGACGCCAUGGCUCCAAAGCAUGAGUAUCCGCGACAACAUCCUGUUCUCGUCUCCUUAUGAUGAACAACGAUAUAAGCGAGUCCUAGAUGUCUGCGCGUUGCUCCCUGAUCUUUCGAACUUCAAGCAUGGCGAUCUGUCUUUUGUGGGCGAGAACGGCAUUGGCCUUUCAGGUGGACAGAAGGCUCGUGUAGCCCUUGCCCGGGCACUCUAUAGUGCAUCCAGGAUACUGUUGCUUGAUGAUCCAAUUUCCGCUCUGGACCACAAUACAGCGGAAACGAUUGUUCGCAAGUUCUUCUCGGGUCCGCUUAUGCAAAACCGGAUGGUUGUGCUUGUGACGCACCGUACCGCGCUCGUUCGUCAUAUCGCAACCCAAAUAAUCGACAUCAAGGAUGGACGUGCGACUGUUUACGGAAAGGAUGCUAUUUCUACCGCCGCUACGGACGAUGUCGCUCAACAGCCUCCCUCAGACGAUGAAGAAGCUGGGCCUCAACAUGAGGAUGAGAUGGAAGGCACAGAAACUGCAGUUCCAGACAAGUUCAUUGAAGAGGAGCAUCGAGCAGAAUGGGGUGUAAAAGCCAAGGUCUACUGGGAUUAUAUCAGAGCUGGCAAAUAUAGAUGGUGGAUCGCGCUUGUCAUUGUCAUGACGAUUUACCGCCUGGUGUCAGUUGGGCAAUCCUGGUUCUUGAAAGAAUGGGGAGAGGCUUACGAUCAGCAUUCCCUCGUGCAAGCAUGGCGAGGUCUGAAUUCGUUGCCAAAUAGCCCAAUUGAUCGGCUGCCCGCGCCCCUCGACGACGUCAAACCCUGGUUGUUAGCAUUCUUCUUGAUCACAACUUUCCAGGCUUUCAUGCUGCUGGUUGGGCAAGUGUUGAUGCUGAUCAUCGUCUAUUUCGCGGGGAAAACGCUCUUUAGACAAGUGAUGAUGGGAGUCAGCCAUGCCACAUUCCGAUUCUUCGAUGUCACUCCCAUCGGCCGUUUGAUGAACCGUCUCACAUCGGACAUUGGAGUCGUGGACGGCAACAUCAGCGGGCAGUUCCAAAUUAUUGCGUUUCAAGCGAUUACCUGGAUUUCGUCUAUUGUUGUCAUUGCUUCGGUGACGCCAACGUUCUUGGCCUUUUCGCUUGUUCUGACCAGUGCAUUCAUUGUUGUCUUCUUGCGUUUCCUACCGACAUCACAGAGUCUGCGCCGGCUGGAAAUGGUGUCGCUCAGUCCUCUAAUCUCGAAUUUCGGCGAGCUCCUGCAUGGCCUGACUACAGUUCGCGCUUUUCACGCUGAAGAGCGUUUCCAGAACCGUGUUAUCGAUGUUGUGGACCAAUUCCAAGGUAUGGACCACUUCUACUGGUCCUUGCAAAGCUGGUUGAUGUACCGUUUCGAAAACCUCUCAGGCCUGUCCACGUUCUGCUUGACAGUUCUGGCUCUAUACACGAACGUUUCUCCUGGCCUGGCUGCAUUCGUCUUAAUCGCAGCAAACAACUUCGUCGCAUCAACACACAGCCUAUGCAAGCAAUACGGCCAACUACAAAUGGACUUCGUCUCCGUAGAACGCAUAGACGAGCUCCUCCAUGUCGAACAAGAAACACCAGGAACCAUCUCACCCCCAGCCUCCUGGCCCAAAUACGGCCACGACAUCACAUUCGAAGACGUGACAAUCCGCUACGCACCACACCUCGACCCGUCCCUGUCCAACAUCGCCCUCCGAAUCCCAGGCGGCUCCACAACAGCGGUCAUCGGCCGCACAGGCAGCGGCAAAUCCACGCUCGCUAUAUCACUCUUAAGCGUGAUCCGCCCCGAAUCCGGCCGCAUCAUAAUCGACGGCAUUGACAUCGCAAAAGUCAACACCCAAGCCCUGCGCACCCGCGUCACCUUCGUCGCCCAAGACCCCGUCCUCUUCCCCGGGACCAUCCGCCUAAACCUCGACCCCACAAACGACUACCCGGACACCGAAUGCGCAGACGUCCUCCACCGCCUCUGCGCCAGACACGGCUGGACACUAGACACUUUCGUCGAAGCCGGUGGCCGCAAUCUAAGCCAGGGACAGAGACAGUUAAUUGGGUUGUCUAGGGCUGUGCUGAGACGGAGUCCGGUUGUUAUUCUUGAUGAGGCGACGGCGUCGAUUGAUCAUGAGACGUCGUUGGAGAUUCAGAUGAUUCUUAGGGAUGAGAUGAGGGAUUCGACGGUGAUUACGGUUGCGCAUCGGUUGGAGGCGAUUAAGGAUGCGGAUUAUUAUGUUGUGUUGGAUGGGGGGAGGGUUGCUGAGCAGGGGUUUGUGGGGGAGAGGGCGUGAUAGUGUGAAAAAUAGAGCUUUUCAUUAUCCAGGUAGAUUGUACACUGUAAAAUCUUUGAGAUAAAUGAGACUGAAGGCACAUAAACAAAAACCCGCCUAGUAGCCCCGGCCAAGCGAAGA